GUGUUCAUUAUCCUCAUGUUGCUCCUUUUCCUAUAUAUCAAUAAGAAGAUGUGUUUUGAAAAUGUUGGUGGUUUCCCAGAUCUUGAUUCAGGAUAUGCUGCAAGAAAGAAUUCACAAGAUAAACUUUACAACUCUUAUAUGAGUAAAGACCAACAUGGUUCUUCAUCUGAGAGUGAAGACGAAGCACUGGGCAAAUAUCAUGAGGCCUUGUCUAGAACCCAGAGUUCCAGGUUGCCAGUGGUGGAUGGUAGGCAACAAAAAAACUAUGUAUGGGAAACCAGACAAAAAUACAGUCCACUGUCUGCAGAAUACGAUGGAUACAGUAGUGAAGCCUCAAUAGAUGAAGUGAACUGCAUUCAGAGGAUGAGAAGAACACCUCCGCUGGAUGAACUGCAACCACCUCCAUACCAGGAUGAUAGUGGUUCUCCUCAUCUUUCAUGUACACCCUCUGAAGUUGGAGAUGGUAAAUGUGAAUUUUCCCAGUGUAGCAACAGUCCAAGAUGUUCAUAUAAGUGCCCAAGUGAGGGAAGCACAGGACAUGAAAUAGAAAGCUUUCAUAACAAAGGAUAUGAAGAGGAUGUACCAAGCGAUAGCACAGCUGUCCUUAGUCCGGAGGAUAUGUCAGCUCGAGGAUCAUCUUCGCAGCUUCCUAAACCUUUUGAUCCUGAGCCAGUAGCUAAAUAUGGCACACUGGAUGUGACUUUUGACUAUGACUCACAGGAGCAGAAGCUUCUGGUGACAGUGACAGCUGUCACAGACAUUCCCACGUACAGCAGGACAGGUGGAAGCUCAUGGCAAGUACACCUAGUUCUUCUCCCUAUAAAGAAACAGAGAGCAAAAACCAGCAUCCAGCGGGGACCAUGCCCUGUCUUCACAGAGACAUUCAAAUUUAAUCACGUUGAGUCUGAGAUGAUUGGGAAUUAUGCAGUUCGCUUUAGACUGUACAGUGUACGUCGCAUGAAAAAAGAGAGGAUUGUGGGAGAAAAGAUUUUUUACUUAACAAAAUUGAAUCUUCAAGGGAAGAUGUCAGUACCAGUGAUAUUGGAACCUUCUUACAGUCUGUCUGGCUGUGACUCCCAAAUGAGCAUGUCAGAAGUGUCCUGCAGUGAAAGUACCUCGUCAUGUCAGUCUCUGGUACAUGGCUCAGCUCCAGAAAUCCUCAUUGGCCUCCUUUAUAAUGCCACAACUGGAAGAUUAUCAGCAGAAGUGAUAAAAGGCAGCCACUUCAAAAACUUGGCAGCGAACAGACCACCCAACGGACUGUUCUGUUGUCUAAAACACUUGAUAGGUGGACAGGUUUAUAUAAUCCGAGAUACAUAUGUUAAAUUAACACUACUGAACUCCAUGGGGCAAGAGAUGUCCAAAUGCAAAACUUCAAUCCGCCGAGGGCAACCAAAUCCAGUAUACAAAGAAACCUUCAUUUUUCAAGUGGCACUGUUUCAGCUUUCAGAUGUGACACUCAUAUUGUCUGUAUAUAAUAAACGCAGCAUGAAAAGAAAAGAGAUGAUAGGGUGGAUUUCCUUAGGUCUCAACAGCUCAGGAGAAGAUGAACUCAAUCACUGGACUGAAAUGAAGGAAUCUAAAGGACAACAAGUAUGUAGAUGGCAUACUUUACUAGAAUCUUAA